AUGCACAAACUACUGCAAAACGACUUCCGCGACCAGUGGACAAAUCCCAGCGAUAUUUUCUCGCUGCUGCUCCUCGUCGGCGGUGAUGUGAUCCAAAAGGCACUCGCCCAGUUCACCUUGAAUCGCUUCCGGCCCAUGGCCUUUUCCUUUGGCUGGGUUGCCUAUGCCUUUAGCCAUCUGCUGUUUGCCGUGGGAAACCUCAAAGCUCUUCCGGACCCAGAUUGCCCUUGCACAAUCACCAGAGCCAGUUCAAUGCCCACUACCAGCGCCAAUCAAUCAUGGCUUCUGGGGAGGCUGGUUCGGAAUCACGAGUACUGGAGUCUUCCAUUGACCAAGGACGCCCUGAAAUCGGGCAGGAUUUCGGACCAAGAUGUCUCAAUAGAUGCCAUCGUGGAACCCUAUGCUGAGCCUCGUCUUUAUGGCCAAUGGGAAAUACUGGUUAUAACUGCUGGAGGUACUGCAUUGGCCUACGCGACGGCGCAUUUCUCGGGAUAUAACACGUUCCAUGGCCAUCGUACUCGUGUCAGCCGCACUGUUUUUACCUUGACCGAGGGAAAUGGAUCUAGGACUGCAAUUGUAUUCAUAAAAGACUCGGAUACCGGAGUUGACCUAGAACGUCUUACUCGGGUUGAGUUUACAGGAGGCAGUCAGGUUUGGAGGAUAGCGGCGGCUUCCGUACAACUCGUCUUCUGGGUCGCUCUUCUUAUCACUGUAUCUGGCCUAAAGACUCACACCUGGUUCAUGGUUGCCGUCGGUGCGUUGGGAAUGAUGCAGAACCUCGUCCUGGCCGGAGCGCCUCGAACACCUGAAGCCCUAGGCAUACCCGUUCAGCUUGAACAAGUUGUGGGACUACCUAAGGUUAUGGAUACUCUGCUUGAGCUUGAGGCCAAGGUUCCUUAUGCAGGCAAAGCCUUGCUACCCACAUAUUUCCCUGGUAGACUACGGGAGCGUGAGAUAGAGAGGUGGGAAGCAUUAGAGAGCGAGCAUGAAAGAGCCGGUAUCAUCUCAUGA